AUGGCCGAGAUUCGACGCAAGCUCGUCAUCGUCGGCGAUGGUGCCUGCGGUAAGACCUGUCUGCUCAUUGUCUUCUCAAAGGGCACCUUCCCUGAGGUCUAUGUCCCUACCGUCUUCGAGAACUACGUUGCCGAUGUCGAGGUUGAUAACAAGCACGUCGAGCUUGCUCUUUGGGAUACGGCUGGCCAAGAAGAUUACGAUCGCCUCCGUCCUUUGUCAUACCCCGACUCGCACGUCAUUUUGAUCUGUUUCGCCGUGGACUCGCCCGAUUCGCUUGACAACGUCCAGGAGAAGUGGAUUUCCGAGGUUCUCCACUUCUGUCAAGGCCUUCCCAUCAUCCUUGUUGGCUGCAAGAAGGAUCUGCGCCACGACCCUAAGACCAUCGAAGAGCUCACCAAGACCUCUCAGAAGCCCGUUACCCCUGAGCAGGGUGAGGAAGUCCGCAAGAAGAUCGGCGCCUACAAGUACCUUGAGUGCUCUGCCCGCACAAACGAGGGUGUUCGUGAGGUCUUCGAGGCCGCCACCCGCGCUGCUUUGCUGAAGGCCCAGAAGAAGCCCAAGAGCGGCAAGAAGUGUCUGAUCCUGUAA